CAUGAGUUGGUCCUCGCACCCCCGGAGUUUAAUCCUCUGCUUCUACACUCUUUCAUUGCUCUCUUCAACAUGCCUGGCAUAUAUUGCUACCCGAGACAACUGCUGCAUCUUAGAUGAAAGAUUUGGUAGUUAUUGCCCAACUACCUGUGGAAUUGCAGAUUUCCUGUCUACUUACCAAACCAAUGUAGACAAGGAUCUACAGAAUUUGGAAGGCAUCUUACGUCAGGUUGAGAACAAGACAUCAGAAGCCAGAGAGUUGGUCAAAGAAAUCCAGAUCAGCUACCGCUCUGAUGGACCAGCAAAGCCAAGUGGGAUAGAGAGUGCUACCAAGAAUUCCAAGAAAAUGUUGGAAGAAAUUAUGAAAUACGAAACAUUGAUUUCAACACAUGAAUCAACAGUUCGAUUUUUGCAGGAAAUAUAUAAUUCAAAUAAUCAAAAAAUCAUCAACCUGAAACAGAGAGUGGUCCAACUGGAAGCAAAGUGUCAGGAACCUUGUCAAGAUACAGUGAAAAUACAUGAUACAACUGGGAAAGAUUGUCAAGACAUUGCCAAUAAGGGGGCCAGAGAGAGUGGGCUUUACUUUAUCAAACCUCUGAACGCUAAGCAGCAGUUCUUAAUCUACUGUGAAAUUGAUGGGUCUGGAAAUGGAUGGACUGUGUUUCAGAAGAGGCUUGAUGGCAGUGUGGAUUUCAAGAAAAACUGGAUUCAAUAUAAGGAAGGGUUUGGACAUCUGUCUCCUACUGGAAACACAGAAUUUUGGCUGGGAAAUGAGAAGAUUCAUUUGAUAAGCACACAGUCUACCAUCCCAUAUGUAUUAAGAGUGCAGUUGGAGGACUGGAAUGGCAGAACCAGUACUGCAGACUAUUCUACGUUCAGGGUGACAGGUGAAAGCGACAAAUACCGCUUGACAUACGCCUACUUCAUUGGUGGAGAUGCUGGAGAUGCGUUUGAUGGCUACGAUUUUGGCGAGGAUACUAGUGACAAGUUUUUCACAUCCCACAAUGGCAUGCAGUUCAGUACCUGGGACAAUGACAAUGAUAAGUUUGAAGGCAACUGUGCUGAACAGGAUGGAUCUGGUUGGUGGAUGAACAAAUGUCAUGCUGGCCACCUCAAUGGAAUUUAUUACCAAGGUGGCACUUACUCAAAAACAUCUACUCCUAAGGGUUAUGAUAAUGGCAUUAUUUGGGCCACUUGGAAAUCCCGGUGGUAUUCAAUGAAGACAACCACCAUGAAACUAAUCCCAUAUAACAGAAUCGCCAUUGGAGAAGGACAGCAGCACCACCUUGGGGGAGCCAAACAGGUCAGACCAGAACACCAAGUUGAAACAGAAUAUGACUAAGUCAUUUUACCCUGAGGAUUAGCUGUUCAUUUCU